AUGGCUCUCAACAGAUGCCUUACUCGCCAGCUUCGGCAUGAGCUCCUCCCGCAAGCUCAGCAGCUGGCGCCUCGAGCGAGCAAACGUACGUUCAUUGCGUCGAGCUCGGCGACUUUGCAAAAGACGACCGUCUCCCGCUCUAAGUAUGUGCGACCGUUCUCGGCAUGUGCCGCGGCGAGGCAAGUAGCUGCAGCCCAGGCAAUGCCAAGCGCGAAAGCGUACCUAGAGUCCGGCGCAGUGUCUCCGGGCCAGAACAAGGUCGAUGUUAAGAAAGUGCUGGUUAUUGGCUCAGGCGGACUGGCCAUUGGACAGGCUGGCGAGUUCGAUUAUUCAGGCUCGCAGGCGUUGAAAGCAUUGAAGGAGGAGGGCGUGCAGUCGGUGCUGAUCAACCCGAACAUUGCUACCAUCCAAACCGCCCACGUGCUGGCGGAUGAGGUCUACUACCUCCCAGUUACGCCGGAGUACGUCACGUAUGUGAUUGAGAAGGAGAGGCCGGAUGGCAUCUUCUUGUCGUUCGGCGGGCAGACGGCACUGAACCUUGGUGUGCGCAUGGACAAGAUGGGCAUCUUUGAGCGCUACGGCGUGAAGGUUUUGGGCACAAGCACAAAGACGUUGGAGACGAGCGAGGACAGAGACCUGUUCGCGAAGGCGCUGCAGGAGAUCAACAUACCUAUCGCAGAGAGCAUUGCUGUCUCCAGCAUUGACGAAGCUCUCGACGCUGCAGAGAAGGUUGGGUAUCCGAUCAUCGUCCGCGCCGCCUACGCACUCGGUGGUCUCGGGUCUGGCUUCGCGGACAACGCCGAUGAGCUGCGUGACUUGGCUGCACGCUCUUUGACGCUUUCGCCUCAGAUUCUGGUGGAGAAGUCGCUCAAGGGCUGGAAAGAGGCGGAGUACGAAGUCGUGCGAGACGGCGCGGACAACUGUAUUACUGUUUGCAACAUGGAGAACUUCGACCCGCUGGGUGUCCACACCGGUGACAGUAUCGUGGUGUCGCCUUCGCAGACCUUCAGCGACGAGGAGUACCACAUGCUUCGAACGGCCUCCAUCAAGAUCGUCCGCCACCUUGGAGUUGUCGGAGAAUGCAAUGUCCAGUACGCCCUCCAACCAGACGGUCUCGACUAUCGUGUGAUUGAGGUCAACGCUCGCUUGUCUCGAUCUUCCGCCCUCGCUUCCAAGGCUACCGGCUACCCUCUCGCAUACACAGCAGCCAAGAUUGGUCUUGGCUACGAUCUGCCCAACUUACCGAACGCCGUCACGCGCACCACCACGGCCAACUUCGAGCCUUCACUCGACUACAUCGUCACGAAGAUACCGCGCUGGGAUCUUUCCAAGUUUCAGAAUGUCAACCGCUCGAUCGGCUCAUCAAUGAAGUCUGUCGGAGAAGUCAUGGCUAUUGGCCGGACUUUCGAAGAGAGCUUCCAGAAGGCCAUUCGCCAGAUCGAUCCAAGAUAUCUGGGCGUGCAGGGCGACGAUUUCGACGACUUGGAUGAGGUGUUGAAGAACCCCACUGAUCGCCGCUGGCUCGCUGUCGGCCAAGCAAUGCUGCACGAAGGCUACACCGUCGACCGCGUCCACGAACUCAGCAAGAUCGACAAAUGGUUUCUCUACAAGAUCCAGAACAUUGUCGACUGCACACACGAGCUCGAGGACAUUGGUUCUCUCUUCGGCGUGAAGAAGGAGCUGAUGCUGAAGGCAAAGAAGCUUGGUUUCAGCGACAAGCAGAUCGCGAAGGCGGUCAACAGCUCCGAAGACGACGUCCGUGCCAGGCGUAAGAACUUUGGCAUCCGGCCAUGGGUGAAGAAGAUCGAUACACUUGCUGCGGAGUUUCCGGCAGAUACCAAUUACCUCUACACGACCUAUAAUGCGAGCACGCAUGAUAUCAAGUUCGAUGAUCAUCCGAUUGUGGUGCUGGGAAGUGGCGUGUACAGGAUUGGCAGCUCGGUGGAGUUUGACUGGUGUGCCGUUAACGCUACGCUGAGUCUGAAGGCGCUGGGCAAGAAGACGGCGAUGAUCAACUACAAUCCGGAGACUUACAGCACCGACUUCGACGUACCGGAUCGACUGUACUUCGAGGAGCUAAGCUACGAGCGUGUGAUGGACAUCUACGAGCUCGAAAGCGCGACGGGCGUCGUCGUCUCAGUAGGCGGGCAGUUACCGCAGAACAUUGCAUUGAAGCUACAAGAGACCGGCAAAGCGAGAGUACUUGGCACUGACCCUAAGGACAUCGAUAAGGCAGAAGACCGGCACAAGUUCUCGCAGAUCCUGGAUUCGAUUGGUGUUGAUCAGCCGGCGUGGAAGGAGCUUACCUCGUAUGAAGAAGCGAAGCAAUUCGCGGACUCCGUUAGCUAUCCGGUGCUAGUCAGGCCAUCCUACGUCCUUUCCGGUGCAGCCAUGACAGUCAUUCGCACCGAGGGGGAGCUCGAAGAGAAGUUGACCGCUGCUAGCAACGUCUCCCCAGACCAUCCAGUUGUCAUCACCAAGUUCAUUGAGGGUGCUCAGGAGAUCGACGUUGACGCUGUCGCUUCGCAUGGCAAUCUGCUCAUUCACGCCGUUAGCGAGCAUAUCGAGAACGCGGGUGUCCACUCCGGAGACGCUUCACUCGUCCUUCCUCCGGCCAGUCUCUCCGAGCGAACGAUCGAUCGCUGCAAGGAGAUCGCAGAGAAAGUUGCCAAAGCGUGGAAUAUCACCGGGCCUUUCAACAUGCAAAUCAUCUCUGCCAGGGAUCCCGAAGGCGGUGAAGAUCUGCUGAAGGUCAUUGAAUGCAACCUCCGCGCCUCGCGCUCUUUCCCAUUCUCCAGCAAGGUGUUAGGAACGAACUUUAUCGACGUUGCCACAAGGGCAUUGCUGGAUAAGGAUGUCCCUGAGCCCACGGACCCGAUGAAGGAGAAGCGGGACUAUUUGGCGGUGAAGGUACCGCAGUUCUCUUGGACACGUCUCGCAGGUGCUGACCCGUACUUGGGCGUUGAGAUGGCAAGUACCGGCGAGAUGGCGUGCUUCGGCAAGGACCUUGUGGAAGCCUACUGGACGGCCAUGCAAAGCACGAUGAACUUCCGCUUGCCGCUGCCGGGUGAGGGUUUACUGUUUGGUGGUGACACCGAGACUCCGGAUUUGGCGCGGAUUGUGGACUACCUCGUCCCCUUGGGCUACAAGUUCUACGCUGCUAACGAUGCGGUCAAGCAGCACUUGGAGAAGAGCAGCAAGGACGGCAGUGUCAAUGUUGAAACAAUCGAGUUCCCGAAGGAGGACAAGAGAGCGUUGAGGGAGGUGUUCCAGAAGUACGAUAUCCGCGGCGUGUUCAACCUUGCCAAGCGAAGGGCAAGCAGUAUGGUUGAUGAGGAUUAUGUGAUGAGGAGGAAUGCUGUGGACUUUGGCGUCCCGCUUUUCAUGGAGCCAAGGACUGCUGUGCUAUUCGCGCAGUGCAUGAGUGAGAAGCUGCCGAAGCCUGAAGGCGUUAUACCACCUGAGGUGAGGAGAUGGUCGGAGUUCAUUGGUGGCAAGCCUUUGUAA